AUGGCCGCCUCGGUGCUCGCCGCCGACCCCUUCGUCAUCAACACGCCGGCGUCCGCUGUGCAAUGCCAGACUACUGUCGUGACCUGGACCGGUGGCCGCCUUUCAACAUGGUACGAACAGUCCUUUCCCCUUGGACCCCUCGCCCUGACUGACAUCACCGAUCGCGCUGCUGCUCGUGCACAGUCUAUCGUGCACGACCGGACUUCCGAGCGCCACCUCGGCCUCACGGAUCGCACUUUCUCGUGGAACACCGACCUCCCUGCCAACACCGAGAUCUUCUUCUUCCUGAUCGACGGGACGUCCCACACCGCGCAGUCCUCGCUCAUCGGCGUCCAGCCCAGCACGGACAACUCCUGCCUGCAGCACGGCGGGUCUCCGUCGGUCGAGGGAGUACUGUGA